AGACGUCACGCGCGCAUAAAGGCUAUAGCAGGAUCAGGUUUCAGUCUCUUCCAGCCAGAACACUGUAGAUAAGAGAAAAGCAGAAGAAAGGAGGUUAUUUUUAGGAGUGCUGAGUUAGUGCCCGGCUCCAACAUGGCAUCUCCACUCCAUGACCAAGUGAAGAGUUAUUACAGCUCUCUGGAGUCUACAGCUGCUUUACAGACGAGCGCAGCAUGUUCGGCUUUAUCUCGGCCACUGUCUCCGGGCAUACAGCAGGCCCUUACACUCAUCCACCCAGAGGUUAGCAAACGGUUCUUUGGUUGUGGUCUGGUGGCUCCAGAGAAGCUAAAAGGAUGUUCGGUUCUGGAUUUAGGGAGCGGAUCGGGUAGGGACUGUUACGUCCUCAGCAGACUGGUGGGAGAAGAUGGCCACGUCACUGGUAUUGAUAUGACUGAGGAUCUGAUACAAGCUUCAAGAAAAUAUGUGAAAUACCACCAGGAGCGUUUUGGAUUUGCCGAGCCGAACACCGAGUUUGUUCACGGAUACAUGGAGAAGCUCAGUGAUGCUGGGAUAGGGGACGACUCUCUGGAUGUUGUCGUGUCAAACUGUGUGAUUUGUCUUUGUCCAGACAAGAGGGCUGUUCUCAGUGAGGCCUACAGAGUUCUCAAGAUCGGGGGGGAGCUUUACUUCAGUGAUAUUUAUGCAAACGAGGUCGCUGAGUCCUUCAAACUGGACCCAGUGCUCUGGGGUGAAGGAAUGGGUGGUGCCCUCUACUGGCAUGACUUCAUCUCCAUCAUGAAGGAGUUGGGCUUUAGUACGCCUCGUCUGGUUGCAGCGAGUCGUAUUGAUGUGCACAAUCCAGAGCUUCAGACGAAAGCGGGUAAAAUUAAAUAUGCCUCAGGGACUUAUCGGGCUUUUAAAUUGCCCCAACAAUCAAUCCGAAACAAAGCUCUGGUGACAUACAAAGGGACGGUUCCAGACUGUGCUGAGGGUUUUGACCUUGAUGCCUCGAACUCCUUUAAGGUAAAUGUGUGUGUAGAGGUGGAUGCAGAGAUGGCAGCGAUCCUGCAGUACACACGUUUCUCACCGGACUUCCUCUUGCAGAUGACAGAGAAGCCCGACCCUAAACUCAGCUCCGUUCAGCAGUACUGCAACUUGAGUCCAUUCCUGCUGGCAGAUCGACUAGGAUCCUAUGUGAAACAGUGUUCGAAGAUCAACACUGGAAGCUCUGAGUGAAUGAGGGACGACUCUCGGUGCGAUUAAAAGCUUUACGUUUAACAAAACUCAUCUCGAGAGGAACCAGACCUCAUCCACAAAUGUUCAUUCAUUAUAGUUUCAUCAUUGUUGUGGUUAAAGCUUGAUAGUUGUAUGUAAAUGUUUUUUUUUUUUUUUUAUCAAAUUAUGUCCAAAAUGAGCCAAAUAUCAAAUGCUGUGAUUCUUUUUUAAUAAAGUGGCACUUUUGGUAAA